AUCAUCUUUAAUCACAAACUUAUCAAGAAGCAUGUUUGCAAAUAUUUCUCCGAUAAUAUUUGUUUUAAGAUACUAUGCAAUAACAUAAGUUGAUUAUGAAUUUAUGUAUCUUUACUUUGAAAAUGUGAUGGUAUUUCUUUGGCACAAUAUAUGGAUCAAAUGUGGAACCUUUGUCUAUUACUGGUGGAUAUCAUCAUUGCCUCCCUAACUAGGAUGCAGUAUCAUGCCAGUGUAUCUAAAAAGUGGAGAUACAUAUCCUUAGUCCCACUCGUAGGCACCAUACUGAGUAUGAUAAUGCACAAUAAAAAAGUAAGUGGUGCUGUGAUUCAAAAGAUGAAUUCACUGGUCAUGUGGCUAGGUGGUUGUAAAAGAAAAAUACGCUGAUUGUAAUUGUUUAAAAUUUUUAUUGCAUUCAUAAUCUUUAAUACACUAGGCAAGAGAAAUUUUAUUUCAAAUAUUGUAUAUUUUUUUUUCUAGGUGUUUGAUGCAUUUAGCAAACUGGGAUGGUGCCAUGGGAUUUCAGCAACACGUGAUUCCAUUGAUACAUUCAGACAGGAGUAUGACCACAAGGUCCUUGACUGGAGGAACAGGAUUACUGCUUGACUGGAGGAACAGGAUUACUGCUUUACAAAUAGCUAGGAUGGCCGAUGUUUUAGAAUUAUCAGUUGAGCAAGAGGAGAUAGAGGAGCUAUUUGGAAAAUCUUUUCCUAGGGAGUGGCCCUCAGAUGGACAAGCGUGUUCCAUCCCUAGCUGUCCAUCUGAGGAGCACGUAUUUCACAAGAUAGGAUCCUAUAGGGCCCACUUUAUUAAGUACCAUAAGGAAUUGGUGCCUGUGUAUUAUUGUUCAAAGGAAGGAUGCUCCUUCAGAGCUUUUAAAAUUACGCCCAUCCGUAAACAUUGGGAAAAGAAACACCCAGGAGUUCAGGGGUGUAUUUUGUGCCGAAACAUUAAAAACCCAAGAUACUGUGAUCCUGGACAGAUAGUUAUGCCCUUGCCUACUAUACAUACGGACGCCAGGGACAGGGCAGCAGAAGCCAGACGUCGAGCAUCAGCCUCUACUACACCACUCUUUAAUCUCCCAAGAUGAUAUAGCGCUAGGGACAUGAAGCCUCAUCACUUUUGACAUUAUUCAUUAUGUAAUUAAACAAAAUUUGUGAUUUUUUUUAUUUAAAGGGGGGAGGAAUGUAACAAAUUUGUUUAUUUUCAAUAUACAGUUGGCAUUUUUCUUAAAGUUUUUACAGUUUAAACAGUUUAUUGUCAUUCUUAAGGUUCAAAUACUUACUGUUGAUCAUUUAAUUCUUUCUACUCUCAUAUUUUGAACAAGUUAAAAAUUAUCCUAUUUAUAGUUACACUUCUACAGGAAAUAGUAUCCAUGUUGUCACUUUUGCCUAAGUUAUAAAGUUACCUGUUCUCUGAUUGGCUAAGUCUAGUUUCUGUGGUUUUCAUUGGUUUAAAUUAGUGAAUAGAAUACAGGUAUAUAUAAGAGAGUGUUCGGUCAGUUUUCUUUACUUGGGUUGGGGAGUGAUUACCUUAUGGUAAGACUCCCUUUCUAUUUUUUGGCACUUAAACCUCUUGGUUUUACAGCUAUGAAUAGAUUAAAGUUAGGUUUAGCAUAAUAAAGCAUGAUUUAUGUAAAGUUAGGAUUUAGUUCAUUUUUGUAGGGUUUAAAGCAUUGUUUUUAUAAUACAGAUUUUUCUUAAGGUUUGGAGUGUAAGUUUAGAUAGGUUUUCCCUUUCCCAGUCCUGGUUGAAGGUGUUGUAGAUAACUUAUUUUUAUAAGGAGGAUUAUAUUAGUCAUUUUUACAUUCAUUUGUCAUAGAGGAGAAAUUUGAUAUUUAUAGAAAUGUAGCUCGUUCCUUAUUCAUCGUUCCUCGUCUGUUAUUAUUAAAUCUAUUUUAAGAUUCUAUGGUGGCCCAGUAGGAACAUAUUUUUAUUUUUGGCAAUUAUUUGGCAAUUUUGCAUUUUCUUAUUUUUUUUAUUAAUUGUAGAAUUUAAUUAAAUUAUCAAGUAUCCAUUGUAAUAUCAGUUCAUUAUAAAUUCAGAUUAUACAUGUUUUCAGAUUAAUUUUCCCUUUGAGUACUUCUGUUUGUAAAUUUCCAUAUUUUUGUCUAUUAUUAUAAAAUUCUUGUUGCUAUCCUUGACUUAA